AACAGUAUACUGUAUUUGUAAUUACAUUUUUUUAACUUUUCUUUCAUAUACCAAAUUAAAAAAAAAAAAACAUAAUUGUGAUUAUAUUACGUAAUUUGUCACUAAAAUUGGAACUAGGAAGUAAACUCCCACAAUUGAAAGUUGUCGUCGGGCCUAAAUGAGCUUUCAUAUUGGGUUGUGUAUACAUACAUAAUCAAGCCCAUCAAUCAAGUCUGACUAUUUCUCUUGGAAAAAAGGCUCAAAUCCAAUUGUAGAAUAGAGAACAGCCUCAAAUCUGAGACCGCGAUCAAGUGAUGUCUGCAGAACUUUGAAGAGAGCUUUCAUGAGAAGCUUAUUGCCUCUAUAUUUGGCGCCUCUAAUCUUUUGAAACAUAUUAUUUUCCCUCCUUGUGCCCCUUCACUUCGCUUUUAUAGCACCUUUUACGGCUUUCUUUCUCUUGUUGGGUUAAAUUUGAUCUUUGUUAAGGAAGCAACAAAAACGCAAGAAGAUGGCUCAUCAACAACAACGGCAGCAACAAAAACAACCGCAGGCGGAACUUGAUGAAAUGCAGCAUGGCCCUUUCCCUGUUGAACAGCUCCAGGAGUCAGGAAUCGCUGCCCUUGACGUUAAGAAGCUUAAAGAUGCUGGUCUCUGUACAGUUGAGUCUGUUGCUUACUCUCCUCGAAAAGAGCUUCUGCAAAUUAAAGGAAUCAGUGAAGCUAAAGUUGAUAAAAUCAUUGAAGCAGCUUCCAAAUUGGUGCCUCUGGGUUUUACUAGUGCGAGCCAACUCCAUGCUCAAAGGUUAGAGAUAAUCCAGAUAACUUCUGGAUCAAGAGAACUUGACAAAAUAUUGGAAGGAGGCAUUGAGACAGGAUCUAUUACUGAGAUCUAUGGUGAGUUUCGCUCUGGCAAGACUCAACUGUGCCAUACACUCUGUGUCACUUGCCAACUUCCAUUAGAUCAAGGAGGUGGUGAGGGAAAAGCAAUGUACAUUGAUGCUGAGGGCACAUUCAGGCCACAGAGACUAUUACAAAUAGCAGACAGGUUUGGGCUGAAUGGUGCUGAUGUUUUGGAGAAUGUGGCCUAUGCUCGUGCUUAUAACACUGAUCAUCAAUCUAGGCUUUUGCUUGAAGCAGCUUCUAUGAUGGUGGAAACAAGGUUUGCCCUUAUGAUAGUGGACAGUGCUACUGCCCUAUACAGAACAGAUUUCUCUGGAAGGGGAGAACUGUCUGCUCGGCAAAUGCAUCUUGCCAAGUUCCUCAGGAGCCUUCAGAAGAUGGCAGAUGAGUUUGGUGUUGCUGUUGUGAUAACAAAUCAAGUUGUUGCACAAGUAGAUGGUUCUGCUAUUUUUGCUGGGCCUCAGAUCAAGCCUAUUGGUGGUAAUAUAAUGGCUCAUGCUUCCACAACAAGGCUUGCUCUCAGGAAGGGUAGAGGAGAGGAGCGCAUCUGUAAAGUAAUAAGUUCUCCUUGUUUAGCCGAAGCCGAAGCGCGGUUUCAAAUCUCAGCUGAAGGCGUAACUGAUGCCAAGGACUGAUUUUGGAAGUUCUGUUCAUAAACCUGUGCUUUCUCAAUUGUAUAUUUUACUUGAUCUGCAACUGCAACUGCAAGCAACAGAUGUAAUGAUUUUGUGUUUCUUUAUUUUUGUUAGCAAUGACACAACAUCGUAUUUGAAAGACCUUCAAAUUGAUUCUUGAUAAAGUUGUUUCUCUUGUAAGUAGUAUUUGAUGGUUAUAUUAUAUUGGUAAAUGUAGUACAUGGGAACAUUGCAAUAUCAGAGAUCAUUUUGUCAUU